CUCAGACGCAAGUAGGGAGACUGGACUGGACUCCGAGUUCCGGUCGCUCGUCCUUAUUUAUGUUCCUCUGGCCAACAACGCCUACAUACUAACCAGCUCGAUGCCGCUGUGGAGAAUCCGAAUGGGGUCCGGAAGGAGCAAGUCCGGCGAGAGGCUGUCUGGCAAGACUGGGCCGCCGGCGGUCGACCUCUCCGAGGUCGUCAUACCCCCUGCAUUCCGGUGCCCCAUCUCGCUUGACCUCAUGAAGGACCCCGUCAUCCUUUCCACCGGCAUCACCUACGACCGGCAAAGCAUCGAGAGGUGGCUCGACGACGGCAACCACAUCUGCCCCGUCACCAAGCAGCCCCUCCAAAGCUCCGAACUCGUCCCCAACUACUCGCUCCUUCGGGUGAUACAGAGAUGGUGCGUCGACCACCCAUCCGCGGGAAUCGAAAGGAUCCCCACGCCUCGGGUACCUGCUUCUCGGUCUCAGGUCGCCGAGAUGCUCUCUCAGGUGGAGAUUGCGAGCCGGCGCGGCAGUCCGCCCAGCUUCGCGACCGCCGUGGAUCGGAUUCGGCUUCUGGCGAGAGAGAACGAGCGGAACCGGCGGUGUGCUGUGGGAGCCGGCUCGGGUGCGGCUCUCACCGCAGCUCUCGCGGCCUUCUGUGAGAGGUUCGCGGAGGCGGAGGGGGAUGUGGAGCCGAAUGCGGCCGUUGAGGCGGCGCUGGCUGCUGCGGCAGCGGUGAUGCCGCUGGACGCUGAAGCAUGUUCCCGGGUGUGGACUCGGUCGUGCAUGAGGCGCCUGGGUAGGGUGCUUCAAGGGGGCAGCCUGGAGGGGAGGAAGAACGCGACGUCGUUUCUGAGGGCCGUUCUGGAAGACGAGGUGGAGGUUGCAAAUAACAGGAAGAUUUUGGAGUCGACUCCGGCGCUGGUGGAGGGGCUCGCAAGGGCAGUUCGGGAGCCGAUCUGCCCGUCGGCGACGAAGGCCUCGUUGACGUCCAUCUUCCGGAUGGCGUCCGCCAGCGACCAGAUUGCGUCCCGGGUCGUGGACUCCGGCUUGGUGCCCGUGCUGCUGGAGACGCUGGCCGAGUGCGAGCGCGGGGUGUGCGAGAAGGUGCUGGCGGUGCUCGACCUGGCGUGCGCGUGCCGAGAGGGGAGGAAGCGGGCGUGCGAGAACGCGUUGGCGGUGCCUGUGCUGGUGAAGAAGGUGCUGAGGGUGUCGGAGGCGUCGACGGAGCUGGCGGUGUCGGUGCUGUGGAGGCUAUGCAAAGGGGCGAGGGACGACGCCGUGGUGACGGAGGCCCUUUCGAUGGGGGUGUUCCAGAAGCUGCUGUUGCUGCUGCAGCUGGGCUGUGGGGAAAGGACCAAGGAGAAAGCUACGGACCUGCUGAAGAUGAUGAACGCCUACAGAGACAGGGGCGACUGCGUUGACUCCGGCGACUUCAAGGAGGUCAAGCGGCCGGUCUGAACCUGACUUGCCCUCCGGCUUCCCGGAUAAUCUCCGAGUAGUCUCAUUCUAGCGUGGUUGUUUCCUUGUAUGGAGCAGGAAGAGUGCCUACUCCGAUCGAGUGACCGGGUGGCAGGUGUUGCCUCUGUUUUAUCAUGGUUGCAGCCAGGUAUUUGUUGAUACUUCAUCGUUCAUUUUGUUCAUGGUUUGUAAGAGUGUGUAGAAGAGAUCAGGCUUAUACGUAUUCGACAAUUUGUUGAGAGAGGUAGUCGGAUAAAGAAAUGUACAGAUAAAGCUGUCGAUGAUACUUGAACAGUUGAAAUGAAAAGAUUGUAACAUAUCACCGUAGGGAUUUGAUAAUUCCGUUUUGUGGAAGUGUUUUGGAACU